GCGCAGCCGCUGAUGUCAGCCGGGUGGGAGGGAGAGCCCUCAGCUCUCAGCAUGAAGGCUCUGUGCCGGGAGGAUGUGCGAUCAGGCAGCCCGCUACUGCAAGGACGGCGUCCACAAACUACUCACUAAGGAACAGCCGAAACUGCGGGCUGCAAGCAGCGAGGCAGCGACGGCUGCGCACUCCGGCAGCGGCAGCGGCAGCGCUCAGCUCGGCGGCAUUGACGGGCUAGUCCGCUGGAUCGUCACCAAGAUGAGCGACAGCAAGAACCUUUCCAGCCGGGAGAUGCUCAAGGAGGAGCCGGUUGCGACCCGAGAGCCUCGAAAAGGCAUCUCAGUCAUCCUCGAUAUAUUUAGAAGAGCAGACAAAAAUGAUGAUGGAAAGUUGUCCCUGGAUGAGUUUCAGGCAUUCUUCUCUGAUGGAACUCUCAACGAACAGGAGCUGGAGAAGCUUUUUCACACUAUCGACUCUGACAACACCAAUAAUGUUGACACUAAGGAGCUGUGUGAAUACUUUGCCUCUCACAUGGGAGACUAUGAAGAUGUGUUGGCGUCUCUGGAGACUCUCAACCUGUCCAUUCUUAAAGCCAUGGACUAUACUAAGAGGGUUUAUGAGCGAGGCACCAAUGUGGACCAGUUUGUGACACGCUUCUUGUUAAAAGAGACUGCCAAUCAGAUUCAGUCACUGCUGAAUUCUGUGGAGAGUGCUGUGGAUGCCAUUGAUGAGCAGACCUCUCAGUCCAGGCAUUGUCAAAGUAAAGAGAGUCAUGGUGUAACAGACCGCUGGUACAAUAGCAAGGUUCCUGACUAUCCUCCCAACAACAGAGUUAUGGCUAAGGAGCAGAAGAGGAACAUCCAGCCUAGUAAAGGUCCAGUAGAGGUCAAAGAAGAGGGCCUGGAAAUUCAGAUUAAAAGACUGGCUGAGCUAAUCGGGCGACUAGAGAACAAGACUGUAUGGUUUGAUGUUCACCAGAGGCUGACAGAGUCCGACGGGACAGCCUGCGCAUGUUUGUACUUGGUCCGCCAAGAAAUGGUGGUUUCCCAGAAACACCUUGGAGAAUUCUGUGAGGCGCUAAAAAAUUAUCUGAAAAACAUCACAGCCCUGAAAGACUGUUUCCAUGCUACUGCCUUGAGGCUUCCUGAUGGAAUCACCUUUGUUUUGUAUGAAUUCUGGGAGGGAGAAGAGGAAUGGAAAAGGCAUCUCCAGAGUGCAGUCUGUAAGGCACUGCAGCACGUGAAGGUGGACACCCUGGUGCAGCCUGAAGUCAUGUCCCAUGUUGCAGUGCCAGCUGCAUGGUGCACUCUGAACCAGGACUGACUGAGCCUGCCUGGUCCAGCCCGGACAACCCUGAGCUGCUGUUUCCAGAACUUUCUUCUCAGUAUCUGUUCACUGAAUGCUCUUCCUCUCUGCAGAGGGCAUCCUCGCCUUUUUUUGUAAUGACUUGUUUACAAACCGCAUCUGUUAGAUACUAAACAUAGCACACGUAAGGAAUGCUGGGUCUGUGAGGGCGUAAUGGCCUUCUUUUAAAGUGAGGAACGGCAAAGUCACUGCUCUGAUUCAGAGUGCUGCUCAUCUCACAAAAAAGCACGUGGCAGAAUCGUGACCAUGAGGUCUUCCUUUGGCUAAGUUCCAAAAAUGCAUCCCAUGGUUUUCUCUACCUUUCUUACUGAGUGCCAUUGGAAUAAACAAUCCAGAAAAGACACUGUUCAGAUUAACUUUGGAGGCCUCCCCUACAGAAGACCACGCGGGAUCUUCCAGCGGUUGGUGGACCUCCAAGUUUUUCAGAACACAUUCAUGGAGGCCCACUGCCAGUUUCUUCUCUGCCCACAAUCAGUUUAGAAUAUUGUGGUUGGAGUCCUUCUCUGAAAUGUUUCUAUUGGUGUCUGUGCACUGCUCAGUUGCCAGCAUUCCCCUAAACGUCUUUGAAGGAACCAGAAGAAGAAAAUCCCAAAAGCCAUCAAGCUGAAUAUUUCAAGUUUAUCAGACAGACAGACUGAUAGGAGAAUGGAGGGAAGUCAGAUACAGUAGAUAGAUAAUGAAAGACGCUAUAUGAGACAGACAGACUCGGACUGACAUUACCUGUAAAAUCUCGUCACUCCCUUCUUCUCUCUAUCACAAUGGCAGAAUUUGAGGAGCGCCAUAUUCCUUCUUCUUAGCUCAGCUGCUGCUCUUUAGACGCAGCCAUUUUAGCAUGCGUCACCUUGUUUAGACUCUCGGAUGACCAAAUGGCUGUUGUGAUAUCAGCCCCACACUACUGAUUAGCCCAAGAUGGCCAUAUCAUCUUCUUCAUUUUACUUCUGUUCUUUUCUUCGUUGUCACUUUUCAUUGACAUGAAGAAUUUAACACACCCAUAAAAUGGGUCAGUUGAUAAAUGGGAAACACAAAUUACCCCAUAUGGCGCCCAGUCACUCCCCAGUAGAGAAUUUCUCUAAUACGGCGGUUCUCAACCUGUGGGGCGCACGCCCCUACAAAAAGGGGGGCACAAAGAUGUGAAAAAAGAAAACAAAAA